AUGUCUGAGCAAAAUGGAAGUUAUGAUCUUCCGAAAAUUUCACUUCCUGAUAAUGUAAAUUCUGGUGCUACUCCAAACACAACUUUUUCCCCGUAUGGUACGGUCCAAUUACCACCUGUCUAUUCCUAUAGACAAUCUCAACUGAUACAGCAACAACAACAACAACAACAACAACAGCAACAACUGACACAGCAACACCCACAGCACUUACAACAAAUAAAUACUAAGCUUGAGCCUGGUAGUCUUAACAUCGGUCAAACAAUACAACAUCAAACACCACCAAUUCAAUCAGAUCAAAAUUAUUCGAAUAUAGCACAACCCUUGCAGCCACAACUUCGACAACAAGAACAGAAACCAAGACUUAGAGUACGAAAAGCUUGUGAUAGAUGUAAAACUCAUAAAAUAAAAUGUUCUGGUACUAUACCGUGUACUACAUGUACUAGACAAAAGAAAGAAUGUACUUUUUCAAAUUCAUCUAAUGGGAAUGAUUCAAAAUCUGGUUCCAGCCAAUCUCAAUCAGGAUAUGAACAAAAUAAACGUCAAAAAUUAUCAAUGAUAAAUGCAGAACCUUUUGGAUUACCUACAGUUGAUAAAUCAAAUACAACAGAAUAUGUAUCACAUUUAGAAAAUAGAGUUCAAUAUUUAGAAAAUAUUUUAUCAGGAUCUUGUGAAUUAUUUAAAACCCCAAGAGUUGAAGAACCAGAAAGUGAACAAAUUACAGAAACUUUAUUUUCAUCAAGUUCAAAAUGGAGAUUUUCAAGACGUCAUCAAAAUUUAUUGAUAGUUGAAUUAUGUAAAUCAAUGUAUUCUAAUUUAUCUGAAGAACUGAAAAAUCAAGUUACUAUACCAAGACCUCAAUAUUUUGGUUGGAAUAUGUCAGGAGUUAAUUAUUUAACAAGUGAAGAUUUACCAUUAUUACCUAAAAUUGAUAUAAAAUUUGAUGAAAAAUAUUUAAUUAAUUAUUUUUUUAAAGAAAUUAAUCCAUUAUUUGCCAUUUUACAUGAGACAGUAUUUAGAGAACAAUAUGAAGCUUAUGAUAAAUUAAGAAAAGAAGAAUUAUCAAAAAAUGAUCAUGAUAUAAAAACUAAUCAAACAAAAUUAUUUUCAGCAGUAUUAUUUUUAAUUUAUGUAUUAGCUAUAAGAUUUACUGAAUUUCAAAAACCAAAAGGUCCAAAUAUUGAAAUGUUACAAUUAGAAGAAAAAUUAUUUAAAUAUGCAUAUAAAGUAAUAAGUAUAUUAAGUUUUGAAUGGGAAUCAUUUGAAUUAAUUCAAAGUUGGUUAUUAAUGGCUUUAUAUUUAAGAGUUGCUCAUAGACAAACUUCUUGUUCACAUGCAUUAGGUCAAGCAGUUAUUAUGACAAAAUCAAUGGGAUUAGGAUUUAGUGAAGAAAAUCCCAAGAUAUUAGUAAGUACAGCUUAUGAAAGAUUAAAAGCAAAAAGAAUAUUUUGGUGUGUUUUUACAUUUGAUAGAAUUUUUGGAUUACAAACUGGAAGAUAUAGUGGGAUUAGAGAUGAAGAUUUUGCAAGAGGUUUUCCAAGUUUUGAUUUUGAAAAGGAAACUGAAAAAGAUGAUUGGUUAACAUUACCUGCUUUAGGUUUAAUUCAUAUUGCUAGAAUAUCUAAUUUUAUACAUACAUCUCCAACUGAUAAUCCUCAUUUAUUAAAGUAUCAACAAGUUAAUACUGAAUUAGUUAAAUUACAUGAAUGGUUUAAUAAUGUUGGAUUUAGAAAUGAUUUAUUAUUUAAUAAAAAUGAUGAUUCUAAAAUUAGUUCUUUAGUAAAAGCUCAAGUUAAAUUACAUUAUUAUGAUUUAGUUUUAUGUAUUCAUGGUAAAGUAUUAUUUAAUCAUAUUGGUAGAAAAAUUGCAAGUCAUGGUUUAAAAACUGAAAUGGUACUUGAUGCAGGUCAUGGAGUAUUAGAUGUUUUAGAUAAAAUUAAUAAAGCUAAUUUGAUAUAUACACCAUGGUAUUCUAUUUUGCUAUUAUUAUUUAAUAUUGGAGUUAAUUCUAUUUGUUUAAUGAAUGGAGGAAUUCAUGUAUUACAAUCAAGAGAAAUGUUAAAAACUACUAUAAAAUUUUUUACAAUUUUAAGAAAAUCACCUAUUAGAAAUGAUCAAAAUAAAAUGAUAUUUAGAGAAAGAUUUAAAAUGGUAAGAGAAUGUACAUGGGCUUUAAAAAUGGCUAAUAAAAUUUUAACAUUAAGAUUAGAAGAAGAUAUUAAAGCAUUAAAUAAUAUUGGAGUUGAUCAUGGAUCAUCAGAUGUAAAUAAACAAUAUUUUUCACAAUUAGGAGUAAAUGAUAUAAUAAUUAAUGAUAAUAAUAAAAACUCAAAAACUAAUGAAAAUGAAGAAGAAAAUAAAAAUAAUGAGUUUAAUAAAGUAUUUCAAAAACAAUUAUAUAGAUGUAACAUGAACUCAGCUCAAGCUCAAGCAACAACCGUAAAUUCAAAAGAUCAAUCAGAGCAUCAACAACAAUCAUCAAAUCAAAAUAUUUCACAACAACAACAACAAAAUCAAUCAAUAAGAGAAUUAUCAUCAACUACUCCAACAAGUACUAACUCAUUAGAUCAUGAUGAACAACCUAAUCCAGUAGAUUCUUAUCCAUCAAUUGAAAUCGAUAAUUUAUUAGGUAAUUUACAAUGGUUUGAUCAAUGGAUUGAUUUUAAUUAUGAUUUUUAA